GAAAAGAGAGCAGAGUAAACACCAGCCUGGCUCGGUCUACUUGCUGGGGAUGUCCAGAUGUAUAUAGAGCACCGUUCACCUAAUAUGGCUUUGAAUCACAGCAAUUAAACGUUCAAUUAAUAAAAUAGUUUACAAUGUGUACUUCUAGCGACGUACAAUAAGAACGGCUCCAUGUGGAGCUUAAUGAUGCCAUUUCUGGGAGCAAGUUAGCCCUACAGGUAGCUGUCUGGGAGAUAAAUAGUACAACUCCUGUUAGCCUUACGUUUAGCUGUCUUAAUGUUAGCCCUAAAGGCAGCACCUCUGGUCGGACUUCCAACCCGUGGAAUAGCGCGUCUCUUAUAUAUAAACGUGUGUCGUGAAUAUAUACCCUAUAGUAAAACGCGGUAUUUGCAACACCUCUUUGUCUUUUAAUUGGCAAUGUGGAGGGAGAACCUCUAACCAUAUGUAACUAACCAGUCCCCGUUUGUAACCCGUAGACGGUUUUAGACUAGCAACUAGGCAGUCCCCUUAGUAACCGUAUACUGUCUCUAUUAACGAACCAGUCCCCCGGAAGGAAACUAACAAGUCCCCCAUAGUAACCCGUACAGUUUUAUGCUAUUAACUACCCGGUCCUCAAUAGUAACCCGUAUAGUUUUAUACUUUCACCUCAGCAGUGACCUUUAUUAACCUGUAUACUGAAUUAUACUAGUAUCUAUCCCAGUUUCCCAUAGUAACUGGUAGAAUGUUUUAUACUAGCUUAUAACCUAUUCCCCCCAUAAUAACUGGUUGACGGUUUUUUACUAGUAACUAACCAGUUCCCCAUAGUAACAAGUAAACGGUUUUAUUAUACUAACUAACAAGUCCCCCAUAGUACCUAUAACUGUUUUAUACCAGCAACUAACCAGUCUCCAUAGUAACCCGUAGACUGUACAAAACUAUAAGUAACUAACCAUAGUACUGAGGUACCGGCUGGUUACGACGUAACGUUAACAGCGAACACUGACAGGUCACCGAGCCCUGCGGUGAGUUGGUCCAGCUCUGCCCUUCCAACCAGUACACUAUACCCGACCUGGGAGUGGAAGGGUAAAGGACAGAAAAUACAGGAUGACAACGCUGAAAGACACAGAGGAUGCCAGUGAAACCGACCUCGCCAAGCAUGACGAUGAUGAUUAUGUGGAAAUUAAAGAGCAGAUGUACCAAGAUAAACUGGCCUCCCUAAAAAGACAGUUACAGCAAUUACAAGAAGGGUCACUGCAGGAGUACCAGAAGAGAAUGAAAAAGCUGGACCAGCAGUACAAAGAAAGGCUCCGCAAUGCAGAUCUUUUUCUCCAGCUUGAGACCGAACAGGUGGAGCGGAACUACAUCAAAGAGAAAAAGGCUGCGGUGAAGGAGUUUGAUGACAAGAAGGUGGAGCUGAAGGAGAACCUCAUCGCAGAACUAGAAGAGAAGAAGAAGAUGAUUGAGAAUGAGAAAGUGACAAUGGAGCUGACGGGUGAUUCUAUGGAGAUGAAACCCAAUACGACCAGAAAGCUGAGGAGAAGACCGAAUGAUCCGGUCCCCAUUCCAGACAAACGCAGGAAACCCGCUCCUGCUCAGUUAAAUUAUUUGCUAACAGACGAACAGAUCAUGGAGGAUCUGAGAAUGCUAAACAAGUUGAAAUCACCAAAACGUCCAGUAUCUCCCUCGUCUCCGGAGCACCUCCCCACCACCCCCGUGGAGAUCCCGUCCCAGCGCUAUGAGGCCCGCAUAGAGGAAGGGAAGCUCUACUACGACAAAAGAUGGUACCAUAAGAGCCAGGCCAUCUACCUAGAGUCAAAGGACAACACCAAGAUCAGCUGUGUCAUCUGCUCUGUGGGAACCAAUGAGAUCUGGGUGCGGAAGACCAGCGACAGCACCAAGAUGAGGAUAUACCUGGGACAGUUACAGCGAGGAGCCUUUGUGAUCCGGCGACGGUCGGCCGCGUGAUGCCCCCCUUUAACCCUCCAACUCAUCUCUCCGCUUGUGCAUUGACCGCCCCCAGACUCACUCACUCUCUUCCCCUCUCCUUUUUGUCUGUACCUUUUCAACGAGCAGACUCCAGGGGUCCUGUUCAACGCUCCAAUUCCCAUUAGAGAAUGACUUUGAUAAACAAAAAAUGGAAUGCACUUCGCUGCAUUUCUCCCCCACGUCUUUUAAUGUACUGUGGGCAGGGCCAACGUCCCGUUGUGACUACUACUGGUUUGUACCUUUCGCUGUGGUCCUGUCCUUCUGCUCCACGAAGGUCUCUGCUCUGUCCAGCUCCUCAAACUGUCACAGCCGUAGCUGUGCUCUUCUGCAACAAAGCAAGUUUUCUCCGACAGUGUUUGUAACAUUCCCACCUGCGGUAUGGCUCCGUACCUAAAAUAAUAACAUGACGACAAAAGUGCACGCACAGACGUGGGGGGCUGUACCAGAUUGAGUUGGGUGGUUGCGAUGUAGUCACCAGAGGUUAUGUUUUCUUUCUGUUAUCGUAAAUAUAUUUUUGAUAUUAUUCGAAACAUUUAAUUUGGUUGUCAAACUUUGUAAGGAUUAUUUUGUGUUUUUGUCAUUGCAUUCAUGUCAAACAUCAGAUUGAACAAAUAGCUGUGUUUGUAGGAUGCAUCCGGUUGUAUAUUGAUUGCAAGUGUUGCCCUUGGAUUAAACUGUUCUGUUUUUCCUUUUUGCGUUCUAUAUACUUUUUUGGGGAAAAACACGAUGUGCUAGAUUGAGCCACUCCUAGUUAGUAGCAGGAGACUUUCUUUCAGAAUUCCAAAAACUCAAUAGCAGUCUUCUGUCCACUCUUUGCAACCGAGUGGUACACAAUAUCAGUUAUAGGAUUAGGAUGUGAUAUAUUGAUCAUAUUAUUGAAAUCACUAUCGAUAAGCAUUGUCUACAGAUAUGCCCAGGUCCUUUUAAACUACAGCUUUAACAUCCCCAUCCGAGAAUAAUUCUGUCCGAAUAUUUGUAGGGGAAAUUGUCCAUCAGGUCAGGUCAUUUUAAGCUACAGCCCUAACCUCCCCAUCCAAGAAUAAUUCUGUGAGGAUAUUUGCAGGGGAAUGUGUCCAUCUGUUUUGAACUUCUGUCGAAAUUAAUACUAUCGAUAUUAAUGGGGACAUUAUUUAAGAUUAGUAACUAAUAUACAUAAUCUCAAAUAAUGUAGAACGUUUUUCCUAAGUGACCUACAAUUAUGAUUCAGCUACAUGUCAUUAAUGAGCAGCUAAGAAUUAGCCAGCACCUAGAAUUUUUUCAGCUGCAUUACUGUAUUAUGGAGACCUAUACCCUUAAUUGUUCCUAACACAUUUUGUUUAAAUAGCAGCUUUCAUUGUCGGCGACUAUCGCGAGACUAUCAUAAGGUUCAUCCUACACAUUUCUGUGAUAAACAGUUGAAAUCAUGUUGUACGGAAUUAUGGGAAACCGUUUUCUGUGUACAUGUCAAGUCAGUCUGAGCGCCAUUUUCUGAGACAGAAUCAAGAGACCAACUCAGGCGAUCUCUUAACAUGGCUUGUUCACCAGUGUUCAACAUGGUGUGAGGGGAACUUCAACUUUUGCCUAGUACAAUUAUUUAAUAAAUUAUUAUAUUUCUACAUCUCAAGUUUUUUCUUCUCCAUCUCGAAUUGGCUGUUUUGGAAUCUCAUUUAGAAAUUAUUUUCUAUUUAAACAACAUACAUUGGUAAAAGACUUAAAAUAGGGGUUUGUUUCAAUAAGACAUAGGAACUACAUUGAACCAAAGCAGAGUAGCAUUUAUAUAAAAUGGCUCAGGCUCUGGGUAUUUGGAAUGCAUAAGAAAAAUGCAUGUUAUGAAGCCACAUUUCCUUCAUCAUCAAACACAUCUCCUGUUUUAUAUUUUCCAAAUAAUCUAAAUUUUGACUGUCCACAUGCCAAUUGUAAUUGUAUAGUAUGGAUGACUUGAGGUAAAUUGCACCUUGCCUUGUAUGGUUGUAUUGUCUUUUUUUCCUGUUAGAGCUGUUAUUUGGCCUUAAACACAAAGGGUCUUUGACAGACCCAUUGCUGGUUUAUUUUGUUUUAUGCCCUGAUCUUUUACAGGAGCGAAACAUAAAAGUUGUGUUAGUCGCUGCCUCAGACCAAUGCUUGUUAAAGCAAUCCCUG